UUUGUGAUGGUUAGGAUAUGGCAUUGUGGUUGAAGCUUCUCGAAGCUUCCCUGUGUUCGCUCCGCGUCAGGGCUCGACGUCACCGCUAGCGUCGUUUGACAAGUGGAGAGACAUCCAAAGCUCGAGUGAUAAAUGCGACCCAACCUUACAAGCUGCCACCAAAGAAGCUUACAAACACUACUUGCGCAUACACGAGACACCCUACUUUUCUAAUCACCGGACUUCAAAAUGGUCAAGGAGUCCAAGCUCUACGAUUCAUUAGGCAUAUCAGAAACCGCGACGCAAGAUGAGAUCAAGAAAGCAUACCGCAAGGCGGCGCUGAAGUGGCACCCCGACAAGAAUAAGGACAACCCGCAAGCUGCUGAGAAAUUCAAAGAAUGUUCACAAGCCUACGAAAUCCUCUCCGACCCCGAGAAGCGCAAAACGUACGAUCAAUACGGCCUCGAAUUCAUACUACGCGGCGGCGUACCACACCCUGAAGAUGCUGGAGGUGCUGGUGGUAACCCAUUCGCGGGUGCAGGAGGCGGCGGAGGCUUCCCCUUCGCAUCAUCGGGUGGCAUGCCCGGCGGCACACGCUCGUUCCACUUCUCGACGGGCGGCGGCGGCGGAAACGGCUUCAACUUCUCCAACGCCGACGAUAUCUUUGGCGAGUUUAUGCGCAACAGCGGCGCCGGCGGUGAUGACUUUGACUUUGGCGGCUUCGGCAUGGGCGGUAUGCCUGGCGGAAUGGGUGGUGGUAUGGGCGGAAGCGGUGGUGGAGGUGGAAAAGGCGGCCGAUUCCGCGGUGGACGACGAGCACCAGAGCCUGAAGUCACGGUUGUUGAGAAGCCGCUUGCGGUGAGCUUGGAAGAGCUGUACAAUGGCACCACCAAGAAGCUCAAGAUUAAGCGCAAGACAUACGACCAGAGUACCGGCAAGCAAAGCACGCAAGACCGGAUUCUGGAGGUGCCUAUCAAGAAGGGGUUGAAGGCUGGUAGCAAGAUCAAGUUCUCAGAUGUCGGCGACCAGGUGGAGGGUGGAACACAAGAUCUACACUUCAUCGUCUCUGAGAAACCCCACGCAAUGUUCACCCGCGAAGGCGACGACGUCAAACACACGAUCGAAAUCGACCUCAAAGAAGCCCUAACCGGCUGGCGCCGAACCGUCCAAACCAUCGACGGCAAACAACUCAGCGUCGGCAGCGGCGGUCCUACAGGUCCCACCUGGACAGAACGAUAUCCCAACCUCGGCAUGCCCAAGUCCAAGAAACCCUCAGAUCGCGGCGACUUCAUCGUCGGCGUAAAGAUCAAGUUCCCCACCAGCUUGACAAGCGCACAAAAGGAGAAGCUGAAGGAAAUACUAUAGUUGGACUGAGGGAAGGAACACCUGCUCCUGCGCAUGAACAACGUGUGACAGGGUAUUGGUGACGAGACGAACUUUGAUUCUCGUAUAUCAUUUGCAUUUCUUUAUCGGUUUUUUUACGCCUAUAUAUGCUCGACAUGAGCCACACGAAGGCGUCGGUGGAGUUCUGAUAUGUUUAUUGUUGUUUGGAAGGGAGGAGGAGAUGGAAGGCCAGCGUGGUGGAAUGCUGGUAAGGAUGAUUGGGGAUGAUAUAUAUGAAGUAACGCGUCUAUGAUAGACGAAUCAAUGAACUAGUAUACUGCGCUGCCAA